AUGUUUAACUCGGUGAAUCUGGGCAACUUCUGCUCGCAGGCGCGCAAGGAGCGCGGGGCCGGCGGCGACUUCGGCGAGCGCGGGGGCAACCUGUACCUGCCCAGCUGCCCGUACUACGUGCCCGAGUUCCCCCCGGUGCUGCCCGCUCGCCAAAUCUCCUACCCCUACUCGCCCGGGCUGCCCCGCGAGGUGGCCCCGUACGCGCUGGAGCCCGCGGGCAAGUGGCGCGGCAAUUACGCGGGGUGCUGCGCGGCCGAGGAGCUGCUGCACCCCGAGGUGCUGCUGAAGAACGAGGGGUUCCACCACCACCAUCAUCAUCCUCAGAGCCAGCACCAUCCUCCUCCUCCUCCUCCUCCCCCUCCUCCUCCUCCUCCUCCUCCUCCUCCUCCGCCUCCCUCCGCGCCCGCGCCGCCGCCCGCGGGGUUUUACAAAAAUUCCGUCCUGCCCCAGGGCUUCGAGAGGUUCUUCGAGAGCUCCGCGCUAAGCGCGGCUCAGGGAGCGCGAGCCCAGCACGGGAAAGGCGCGGAGGGCGACGAGGAGGAGGAGGAGGAGGAGGAAGAAAACAACAACCCCGGCUCGGGCCCCGCGGCCGCGGGCAAGGAGAGCUCCAGGAGCGCCGCUGCGAACCCCCCCCGGACGCGGAAGAAGCGCUGCCCCUACUCCAAGUUCCAGAUCCGGGAGCUGGAGCGCGAAUUCUUUUUCAACGUUUACAUCAACAAGGAGAAGCGGCUGCAGCUCUCGCGGCUGCUCAACCUCAGCGACCGCCAGGUGAAAAUCUGGUUCCAGAACCGGCGCAUGAAGGAGAAGAAGCUGAGCCGGGACCGCCUGCAGUUCUUCUCGGGGAACCCCCUCUUGUGA